AUGCUGUCUGUGUCUUUAGUUUUUUGUGCCAUUGUGGCACUGGCUACAGCUCUGGAGGCUGGCCUGACUGCAGUCGUUUUGCAAGUUAGCAGAUUCACACAGAUUAACGCUAGGCUAAUUCUGAUGCAGGCCCGUUGCCAGAGUUUUGGAGGCAACCUUGCGUCAGUACACAGUGAUGAAGAAUAUGCCUUCAUUCAGACGUUGACUCAGGUACCAACCUGGCUUGGAGGCACAGAUUGCCAAAGGACUGGAGCCUGGUUCUGGAUUGAUGGCACCCCAAUGAUGUAUAGAUUCUGGUGUCUACUCAAACCAGACAAUGAUCUCAAGCAGUGCUGUUUACAGAUGAACACUGGUGGUCACAAAUCCUGA